AUGGCCUCCUCUGCGGCGAAUCAACAGGCGGAGCGGCAGCCGCCCACUGUGCAGUCCACCGAAGAGGAAUUAAUCCCGCGGCGGGUGGUGACACUUCACUUGCAGCCCUCCUCCUCUUCUACGGCCGAACACCACCCGCACUUGCGGCACGUCUCGUGGGACCGAAAUGUGCGGGAGCACCAGAACCAGCAGGUGAGUAAGAGUUGCUGCGUCUUUCACAAGAAGAAACUGUUCGGAGAGAGCAGCAGUGAUGAGAGUAGUAGUAGUAGUAGUACGAGUAGUAUAAGUAGUGGUAGUAGUGAUGAUUUUAAUAAUAAUAAUAAUAAUAAUAAAAAUAAUAUUAAUAAUAAUGAUAAUAAUGAUUUGGGUAAUGUGCAGGAUAGUGAUAGGGAAAGAAAUGUUCAUCAUGACAACAGUGAAGAAGGGGAACACAGUCAUCAUCAUCAUCAUAAGCGGAGGAAACAUCCACCAUGCACAAAGGAACGUUGUUACUGCGGAACUCGAUUUCAUUAA